AUGAUUAGAUUAUUUGAUACAAUGCUAUCUAAAUGGACAUUAAUGAACACAGAAGGCGAAUCUGGAGUUCUACCAAGGAUGAAGGCCGCUUCUGUAUUAAGUCCAUCAAAAGAUUAUAUCUCUGAAGUCUACAUUUUGGAUGUAACAAAUUACACAUGGGUUACAUCUUUUGAUCCUAAUUAUAAUUCAUCUACAUCUUCACCUUCACCUUCAAAAUCAAAAAAGGGUUUAGCAAUAGGAAUUGGAAUAGGGGCAGGUUUAAUAUUUAUUAUAACGAUUAGUAUUGGUGCAUUUAUUUUUUAUAAAAGGAGAAUUCGAAAUCGGGUAAUGAAAAUAUCUGGAAAUACACAAGACGAGAAUGAGGGAAAUGAGGAGAAUGGUGAGAUUCAUAAUUAA